GCGCAGGAUUCGCCACAUCUGUAAGACCCCAGGUGGCAAUGCACUGUAGCCUCACUUAACACCUAGACGCAUUGCAGAUUGCAACCAACAAUGUCUUCCUCGGCGCAGGACCUCAUCCCACAACUUGACAUCGGGAGGACGUUCGGGGCACUUUUUAUUGCGGUUACCCUUGCAGGAGUUCUCUUUGGUCUAUGCAGCGGUCAAGCUUUCAUCUACUUUCAGACGCAUAGUGGCACAGGGAUGACAUUAUAUAAGCUGGCUGUCAUCUGGCUCUGGAUACUCGAUGCUCUGCACCUGGCCUUGAUCACCCACUGCGUCUACUAUUAUCUAGUGAUCAACUAUGCAAACGUCAGUGAGCUCACGGAAAUUGUAUGGAGUUUUAAACUUCAGAUAAUCCUUGAGGUUUUCAUUGUCUAUGGGGUAAAUCUCCUGUAUGCUUACCGCAUAUGGAUAAUUAGCAAGGGCCAAUCAAGAACCCUCAGGCUCCCUAUUAUAGUAGGCAUAAUCAUAUUCUCAAACUCAGGUGUCGCCAUCGCCCUUAUUUGGGCCGUAUAUCAGUGUCAUGUGUUCUCGGAUUUGCUUAAUGCCGAAUGGACGACGUUCAUGACUUUGGGCUCGAUUGCUUUUGCCGACAUCGUUAUCGCAUCAUCACUAUGCUACCUCCUGGCCACUUCCCGUACUGGAUUCUCUAGUACCGAUUCCUUGAUAACGAAGCUCAUGGCUUAUAUCAUUAAUACCGGCUGUCUGACGAGCAUAUGUUCAUUGGCAGCUAUAAUUACGUGCGCAGUCAUGCCGACCAACUUCAUCUUCCUCGCCAUUGAAUUUUUAUUGGCUAAAUGUAUGGCUAAAGCCUUUUCCUAAAAUCGUGCUGACCAGCGGUCCUAUUUCAAGUAUAUGUCAACUCGUUCCUCGCACUCUUGAACGCGCGAUACUACACGCAGGUUAACUCAGACACGAACAAUCCUCACCCAUUCCACAACCGCGGUAGGGUCUACCGCCCGGAGCUGCACGUUAGAGCG